AUGUCUCCCGAGAAACAGUCAAUUCAAAUAUGUAUAUUUUGUCCCCAGGUCCAAAGUCCAGUCCUGGUGGUGGAGCUGACCCUCAACAGGCUAGAAGGCACGCAGCUGCGAGCACUGGGACUGUUGUCAGUCUUCGGCUUUAACGUGACAUACGCCGUGAGGGCGCCGUCCACCGACCCCGGCCCUCCGUCUUGUAGUGCGAUAGAAUGCCGCCUGUUAGGGCACUGCUACGCUCGGCAGGACUACAAGGAGUUCCACUGCGCAUGUUUCGAGGGGUACUCCGGGGCCGACUGCGGCGAGGGCCCGCUCUGCCCGCGAACGUCCAACAUGUGCAAAAACGGCGGCACGUGCAGGCAGAUGGGUCCCGCCGCGGUGAGCUGCAUCUGUGCCCCGGGGUACACCGGCGACCUGUGCGAGGCGCAGAUCGCGGAGCCAGAAUGUGGGAUAGAAGAAUGUUCCGAAGGCUGCAAGGACGGGACUUCAUGUGACUGCGACCCCAAAGAGACAGACUUCACCACUGCACGCUUCGAAACAAGACUGCAAAUCGUGGACCAAGGAAACGUCAACAUAUCGCAAGAAAUUGUCAAACAAAUAACGACCUAUUUAAGAGCAUCCAAUAUUACUUUAGAAGAUGAAAUUGAAGUGCUAAAUAUAAGCUCAGCUGACAUAAACGGCGCCCGUACAGUAUGGCUUCGAGUGUGGGGCGCGCGGCGAGAGGCGGGCGUACUACGAGCGGCGCUAGCUCGCCUCGCUGCUACGAGGUCACGCGCUGACCGACUACGGCUGCUGCCUGCUACACUGCACUUCGACAUGCAGCCGGCACUUAGUUUGCAGGCGUUAGUAGUAAACCAGCGUCCUGACGUGUGGGAGGGAUCAGAGUUCAUCCUCAGUUGUAUGGCGUACGGCUCACCAGACACAGUCUUCUCCUGGUACAAAGAUGGCGUCAAAAUCAACUUCGAUGGCACCACCAGGGAUAUUUGGACCCGCACCGUAGCAGAAGACGCUCUCGGCAGACGCAUGUCGGUCCUAGGAGUGUCUGAAGCCCAACGUCCCGACCGUGGGAAGUGGUCAUGCUCGGCCGAUGACGCGGGCAGGCGAAGAUGUAGAGCCUUGAGGUUGGCUGUGCUAAGACCACCUGAUAUACGCCUGGUGCCCUCUACGUUAACAGUCAACAAGGGUGACAACGUAAGCAUCACCUGCUUAGCCGGUGCAGGUAGAGUGCACGGAGCUUUGGGGUUCAGUUGGGCUCGGGAAAGAACUCUGCUACCGUUAGCUCCGGGAAGAGAAGUGUGGGAGGACUUGUACCCUGCUGGGAGUGUGCUCAAGCUUUAUAACGUCCAGAAAUCAGGAGAAUUCCGAUGUCAAGUGUCGUCCGUGGCUGGCACCAACGCAAAGGGCGUGACCAUGUGGGCCUUAGGCCUAAACGACGAGGCCUGCCAGACCGAGGCCUCUCACGGCCUGAGGUGGCUCAAGACUGCACCAGGAGCACAUGCCUCAGCUUCCUGCCCACCAGGGCAUACUGGGGAGACUACUAGGUUCUGCGAGCCCAAAACAGGUCAACAUGGCGUGAAGUGGAAACUGCCAGACUUCUCUGGUUGUAUAGCUGACUCAUUAAAAGAUAUUUACGAACAGUUCAGUCGCAUAUCCUACGGCUACUCUUGGGAAAACGUGUCCCUAGUGGCUCGGCAAUACGGCGCCGUCCUCCGUUCUCUCCCAGUGCACCCAGGGGAGGGCACUAUCCCUCUCUUACAUGCCAGGAACAUGCUUCACUACUUGCUAUCAGGGGUGGGCCGGCAGAAGGACAAGUUUGAAAGCGCAGAGCAUCUGUUGAAGAUUUACGACACGCUGCUGAAACAUCCUGAUGCGUUUCUGGAUGAGGAAAAAGUCUACGACCUCCAAAACGCAGCUGUCGACACAGCUGGCAUGCGUAGCAAUGUAGACCUUCGCCUCCAAGAACUUACCAUCAAGACCAAGCCAGUCCGGGAUGACAACGCAGCCCACUUUGACUUGUCGCCCACUGCUGGGACUGAAGAAUGGCAGUUGGCAUCAGUGGGGGUGGAAUUAGUGGGCAGGACGGGGAAUGCUUCUGUUGUUGCUGUGCAGUACCAUAAUUUGGCUGCUAGGCUGCCGUCCUUGAGGCGAUCCAUUGAGUUCAACCAGUCGGUUUCCAGGAACGGCCGCGAGAUGGAGUAUGUGCUGGCGUCGCAGCAGGUCCAGUUAUCUGCGAGUGGCGCAGGAGUUGAUAAGUCGUUACAGCAUUCUGUCACUUUGCUGUUCACGCAUGUCAAGAAUUAUAGCGCUGUUGCAUCAAAACUGGCCUGUGGAUUGAGGACCGCCUCCGAGCCAAGAGCUUGGAGCACGAAGGCUUGCGAAGUGCGAGUUCCCGAGCCAACUCAUGUUGCGUGUCGCUGUCGAGGACUGGGAACCUACGCUCUCUUCACCAUCGCUAGAUCUACGUUGACAGACGUAGAAAAAGACCUUCGGGGCGUGGUGAAGAUCACCGUAAGCCUUAGCGGGGCCAUGUGUCUAGCAGCGGCCGCUCUCCAACUGCUGAGUCUAGUUCCUGGAAGGAAGGCUAGACUGCCAGUGCUGCUCAAAGCGGCCACCGCAGGAACGCAUUCCGCUGCUAUGCUGGCACUACUUGAGUGUGAUACUAGACAGGAGGAAGCGUGUCCCGGCGCUCUAGGAUGGGUGUGCGCAGUGUGCUGGUGCGCAGGCUGCGCAGCGCUGUGCGCGCAGCCGCUGCUGUUACAAGCCGAGCUGGCUGGCCGAGCGCAGCGGGCGCCCUCUGUCGGGCUACUAGCUGGCGUGUGCACCUUAUCAUGGCUGACGGCUCGGCUAUGGGGCGGCGCGCCGCUCCAGAUUGGGGCAGCGGCGCAGGCCGUAUGCGCAUGCGGCUGCGCUCUAUUAGCGGCGCUGUGUCUAGCGCUCGCUGCUACCGCUGCAGCAAGACUGAGGACUAUCACGCACAAGGUGCCGGUGGAGAGGAGGAACUAUUUGAAGGAUAGGAGCCGAGUGAUCCGGCACACUUUGGUACUGCUGGUGACGACAUCGGCUGCGCAGGCGGCGGGUGUUUUGUACGCGCAGCCGGGCGAAAGGAAAGUCGCGCACGUCGCCGCGCUGUCCGCUGCGGCGCUAGCUAAUGGUGUAGCGAUGCUGGUGUGCUACGUGAUCCGCGAUGAAGAAUGCCUGCGGUCCGCGAGGCGGGUGCUUUCGCUCACGCCGCACCGCGAGUGGCAGGACUCCGCCGCUGGAGACACGUCACUCAAUUGUGCUCUCGGUAUAGUCUGCUCGGCAGAUUUAACGGAUCACUGUAUAUGUCUCCUAGGCACGGAUAUAGGCAAGAGCAAGACCAUACCGAAGCGACCCAAUAUCAAAGUAGACUUUGAUGGAACUGCAAAAGAGCUAUCUCUAGUAGACUGGUCCACCAUUAUGAACACUGACUCUGUCGACGAUGCUGUCACAGAAUUUAGCCAGAUUAUUGACAUGGCAAUCCAAAACAAUACCAAAGAAGUAAAAACUAGCCGUUCAUUUCCUAGGAAAUGGAAAGUAGCCCUGAUCACUCCCAUACACAAAGCUGGUGAUAAAACUGAGCCAUGUAACUAUAGGCCAAUUUCUCUUCUGUCUAUAUUCUCCAAAUUAUUGGAAAAGUUAGUAAACAAACGAAUUGUCAAUUACUUAGAAGACAAUAACCUCAUUCCUGAAAGACAGUUCGGUUUUAGACGAGGAAAAUCUACAGAAGACGCCGUACUGUUAUUUAGCAACACGGUGUCUGCGGCUUUGGAUGAGAACAGGUCAUGCCUUGGUGUGUUCCUGGACCUCGCCAAGGCCUUCGACACCGUGUCCAUACCAAUUCUUUUACAAAAAUUGAACUGCUUAGGCAUCAGGGGAAUACCUUACGACUGGUUUUGUAGUUAUCUUUCGGAGCGUUCGCAGUGCAUUCGGGUUGGCAUGGACUUUAGUGAUUACCUCCCGGUAGAAUUCGGAGUUCCUCAAGGAAGCAUCUUAGGUCCGACGUUAUUUAUAAUUUACAUGAGCGACCUCUUGGACCUCCCUUUAGACAGAGCUGACAUUAUAUGUUACGCUGACGACACAGUCAUCCUCUUCCAGGGUUCGUCCUGGACAGAAGUAUACAAAACAGCAGAGGAAGGUAUGACGGUGGUUGCCGACUGGCUUUGUAAAAAUUUACUGACUCUUAACGUUACCAAAACUAAUUAUAUAGCAUUUUUUAAGACAAUUGCAUCGCAACCUCCACAAUCCAUAGUNGGUAAACUCAUGGUAGAGGCACUGGUCACUCUUUCUAAAGACCUCCUAUGA